AUGCCUCCAGUAAUUGACAAGAAAUAUGAUUAUUUGGUAAUUGGCGGUGGAAGUGGUGGUUUGGCUUCAGCAAGGCGUGCUGGCCAAUAUGGUGCUAAAGUUGGUUUGAUUGAGUCAAGUGGUAGGUUAGGCG